CUGUGCUGACAGUAGUAGACUCGUAGUUCAUUCGUUCGGUCUGUUUCCAUCAAAGUUUCCAUGGUAACGAGCAAACCAUAACAAUAAACAAAAUGGUUGGGUUAUUUCUAUUUACUGUCAAAGAGCAAAUAGUUUGCUAAGCUACAUGUUUUGAGUACUCAAACAAAGCAGCUACAAUAUUUUACUAUAAUUAUGGCUUAAAAUUCAUUGAUAAAAUGAACGACUUUAAUCGCUGUAAUAAGGUAACUGGUGUGUAUUGGUUGAAGAAAGAUUUAAGUGAUUUAAAAAUAAAAGUCAAACUGAAAUCGCAAGACGGAGUCAUAUCUCUACCUAAGUUUGAAGACUACACAAAAGGAUCCAAUAACUUAAAACUAGAUAAUGUAGUAGAAGAACAUAUAUUUAAAUGGCAAGAAAAGCAGUUCAGCUGCUGGGAAAUACAGAGAUACACAGACACACACAACUGUAUUACUGAGACAGAUUUAAAUUAUCAUGAACUUAUUGAAAAUCAAGAUUCGACACCAUCUAAAGUGUUCACUUACAUACAUGACGAUUAUUACCUGCCUUUGCCAUUAGAAAGUAAAAAGAAAAAUGGUGUUCUCAAUUUAGACACUUAUUUAGAUAAAUUGAGUUUAAAUGAUGGUAUCGGGAAGGUAUUCGGUGGGGACACACUUUCAACAACUCAUUUGUUCAAAAGUGAAGAAAAUCUUAAUGUGGAUACCGAGGAAUGGGUGGCCAUGCAUGUUGUGUAUGAUAAUUCUGAUUAUAAUGAAGAUUCCCAGCUCAUAUACAAACAGGAAGCCACCCUCCUUUCCCUCUACCACAACACAACACUUAAUUACCUCAUCAUAAUGCCCGAUGUGAACAGUUUGGAUAUGAAUCCGUAUUCCGUGGAAACAGCAGCUGGAGUACCAUGGGGAUAUCAAUAUGCAGUGGAGUUGGAAUUUGGAGAUCAGUGCGGUGAAGAACUGUCAAUGUUGUUGAAAAAAGUCCACAAGAGAUGGGAGAGGAAACAGAAACACUUAUUGAACUUCAUCAUGCCACCACCUGGAACUAGACAGUUUUAUAUCACCUUGGAGAUCCUGACAGCUAAGGCAUUUGAUAUGGACAACUUGUAUAUAAAGUUUGAUAUUAAGAUACCAGAGGAAAUCCAAUGUUCUGAUACCCUCCAUGGUCGCACGCACACCAGCGAAGCUGUGAAGAUUGAAGGAACCGAGGAAUGGAGCUUUGGUCAUGUUAUAGAGCUGAACUUAGGAAUUAGUAAUGGAAUGGAACCACCAUCCAUCAAGUUAUUUAUGGAAGCCAUAUCAUCAGACUGGUGGGGCCGCCAUCGCACUGAAGGGUAUUGCUAUCUCCGUCUGCCUCUCGAACCUGGCUGCUUCACCAAAACCCUGUCAUGCAGCAGGCCCGAGGAGGUCAACAUGGUGGAUGCGGAAAGUAGAAGGUUCUUCCUAGGAGGGUGUCAUCUUAUCAAGGAUUUAGAGGUGUUGGCUGAGCCACAGUUGCAGGAAGCAAACUACACAUACACAUCAACAGGCUCAAUCAAAGUCAGAUGGAACAUCAUAUCCCAGACACAAGUCGGUGGUUUCAUAGCUCCAGCUCCUCAACCCGGAACCAGUACAGCAUCAGUACUACUCCUGGGAGCUGAAGCCGCUCUCAAGAAGUACAGGAAGGCUAGAGCGAGGCUCGCAGCUGCUACCAAAGGAUUAGGUGAUGUUAAAAGUAACGAGAGUGAGGCUGAUGUGGUGAUCAGAGGUGAUGAUGGUAAUGGAAUAGAGAAAGAAGAUUAAAAUGAUAAGGCAAGUAAGUGGGGAAAGAUUACUCUACACUUUUAUGAAGAUGAUGUGACAGCAGACGAAGAAGUAAGUUGUAAGAAAACACCCACAGCUAUUUGAAAAAGCCUCGGAAAAAAAUGUGUUCAGCAAAAGAGAUCCCACCAAGAUUUUUGUACCAGGUUGUAGAACCACCCUAUAUCAUAAAAACUGCAUGUUUAUGUGUAUUAAAAUUUAUAAUAAAAUACCCCAAACUAUAAGAGAACUUCCAUUUAGACUGUUUAAAUUAAAAUUAAAACAAUGGUUGUCACAAAAAUGUUUUUACACGAUUACGGAUUUUUUAGAAAAUAAA